AACCGGCCGCUUUGCCAAUGCAUCCCAUUCAUCUCUUGAUUAUAUAUAGACAUAGACACAUAGUCACCAAAACAUGCACACAAAGAAAGAAAGAAUUGAAGGUGGAAGAAGAGAACGAGACCUCGCUCGAAGACAGGGGCAUCAUCAAUGUCGACGUACCUCAAGAAGCCGCCCCCCUGCAGCGUCUCCCUCAUCGUCCUCCUCCCUCUCACCCUGAUCUUAUUAUGCUUCACCUUUCUCCUUCCGCUGUCCGCCUACAUCAGCAACCCGCUUGCCUCCACGGCAGUGGCCACGAGAGCCUGCGUCGGCGCCACCGCUGGUGUCGUCCGCGCUGCGCCAGCAACGACGACCGUGGGCGACGUCGACGGUGUCGUCGGUAGCCAGCGCCCGGCGGAGCUUAUGAGCGUCCUCGUCGGCGUGCACACCAUGCCCGGCAAGCACUCCCGGCGCCACCUCAUCCGCAUGGCGUACGCGUUGCAGCAGCAGACGCCCGCGCUGCGCGCCGCCGCGCGCGUCGACGUCCGCUUCGUGCUCUGCGCGCGCCCGAUGCCGCCCGAGCACCGCGUGUUCGUUGCGCUCGAGGCGCGCGCCUACGGCGACGUGCUGGUCCUCGACUGCGCCGAGAACGCGGAGGAGGGGAAGACGUACACGUACUUCGCGAGCCUGCCCACCAUGCUCGGCUCCGGCUCCGGCGGCGGCGGCGGCCGGCCGUACGACUACGUGAUGAAGGUGGACGACGACACGUUCCUCCAGCUGGACGCGCUGGUGGACACCCUGCGCUCUGCGCCGAGGGAGGACAUGUACUGCGGCGUGGGGCUCCCGUUCCACGACCGGCAGUUCCCGCCGUUCAUGCUCGGCAUGGGCUACCUCCUGUCCUGGGACCUCGUGGAAUGGAUCGCCACCUCCGACAUGGUCAGGAGGGAGGCCAUGGGUGUAGAAGAUCUGACCACAGGCAAAUGGCUGAACAUGGGCCACAAGGCCAAGAACCGGGUGAACAUCUUCCCCAGGAUGUAUGACUACAAGAGUGCCAAAGGUGAAGACUUCUUGGAGAACACCAUCGGGGUGCACCAGCUGAAGCAGGACCUGAGGUGGGCACACACACUGGAGCACUUCAAUGUCACCAGGCUGGAGCCCUCCAGCAUGCUACUACACAACUUCUAGAGAGUGAGGAAUGAGGAACAGAAUCAUGCAUGCAUAUUGUCAGAACCAACAUGUAAAUUUGUAGUGCUGUUGAUUUGUGACAUAGCGAAUUACUUUCUUGGUUCUAAAUUAUAAGACGUUUUGGUUUUUUUAAUAAAUAUUUUUUCUUAUUAUGCAUCUAGACACAAUGUAUAUUAAAAAACUAAAAUACGUUAUAAUUUAGAAUGGAAAGAGUAAAUAUGAAGGGUUGUUGGUA